GACAUUGAAAAAUUACAGCCAACGCGUUUUUUAUACGAUGACUCGGAUUCUGAAUUCGAAGAAGACUUCGACUACCAAAAUAUUGACUCACUUGGUCCUCCGGUUUUACGUUUAUCCCACUUUAAAAACAAUACUAAAUUUCUAACCAAUACAUUAUUAAUUGGAAUUAAUGGUGGUGGAAAUUCAUUUAUCGAAUCAAUUUCAAGUAAUAAAAAGUUAAUCGGAACUAUAUUGUUACCCGAAAUUGAAUUGAUUCACAAUACGUUAAAUCAAGAAAAUAUAUCAAAUCAAGGAUGUUUUAUCUAUGAAAUGGAUUCCAGUCCAAAAACUUUGUUAAUUCCGUGUAACUAUAAUGUUAAUGAUGAAAGAUGUUUUGUUUGGGCUAAAACACUAUUCAAUCAUAUUGAAGCUGAACG